ACUGAAUGAGCGGUCAUUUGAAAUGAUUGCUCAUAAAAGUGACAAAAACUAUGAUUUAGUGGACGUAUUGAGUGAAUGAGAAGUCGUCUGUAAAACGCGUUUUGAAUGAAUUGUAAAUACAAUUGAUUUGUAUUUUGCCGUCAAUUCAUACAAACCAUGGAUUCAAACGAUGACAUUGUGUUCAAAGUGCCGCUCAAGACAUCCCUUCAGCCAUCAGAUGAGACCAAAGAGAGCGCACAAGAGGUGACGACAGCCGCCAAACAAACAGAAGUGUUGGACACAAAGCCUGCGACGACUGCGGCGCCGAAGACUGUAUUACCGGAACCCAUGACUCGUGUGACACCACCUGAAGGCCAAUACUUUGUGGAUCAGCUCAAGAACGGUGUACUCGUGGAGCACAAGACUGUCGUGAAGUCGCGUAUAGUGUUCGGGAGGGCCCCGGACUGUGAUGUAGUGCUGGAACACCCGUCUGUCUCGCGAUACCACUCCGUACUUCUGUGGUCACCGGCCAGUGAUGACGACUACCUCAGCGGUCAGAAUAAGGACUCGUUUUGGUAUUUAGUGGACUGCGGAUCAACUCAUGGCACCACUUGUAACAAGUUGGCAGUGAUGGCCGGAAAACUCAUUAAAUUGAUUCCCAAUAACAAUGUCUUCAAAUUCGGCGCAUCCACUCGACUCUUCUCGUUGGGAACCACUGGUGAUGACAGUGACGACGAAGAGGACACCACUGAGGAGGACGUGGAUGAAGGCGUGGAGAAGUCCAAAGCAGAGCCAGUGGUGGACAGCGGGUGCACGUGGGGUAUCAAUGAGGAUAUGGACACCAAAGGCGAAGUGACGGGUGAUAGUAGGGCUCUGCAGGCGGUCAUCACUGCUAUGAAGAGCACCGGCAGUGAUGUGCAGACAGACAACGCGAACGUCUAUUCGGCGAAUCCAAAUAAAUGCAUUCAACAGUGGUUUGAGAGGGAAGGCUAUGACUUGGAGUAUAAGUGCGAUACCGUUCACAAUAAGUUCAGGUGUACUCUGGAGCUGCCCAUCGAUGGCCAAUGGAUUCCAGUGGAGGGCUCUUUACUCCCGAAGAAAAAGGAGGCCAUAACCGACGCGUGUCUGAAGGGCUGUCAGCUGUUGGAUAGGGCAGAGCUACUGUUCCCGUGGCAGCAACAGGAGGCCAAGGAGUUGAGGCGCAAACAGGAGGAGGACAUGGACUUCGAAGUGGACGAUAUGAUCGACGAAACGGUGAAAAUAUCGCACAAACGCGUCAAAAGGGACUCAGAGAGCGGUGACAGCGCCGCAAAAGUAGACAAUUUUGAGACAUUGAAUAAGAAGUGGUUAGAAAUGAACGAAGAGUUGUGUCAACUGAGGGUCAAAAUGGCGAAUAUCGGCGCUCAGAGCGAACAGCGCCCGGAUGUGAGCCAAGAAUCGGGCGAUUCGUUGGAUGACUACAUGGCAGUCGUUAACCGACAGAAGUAUGGGUUGACUAUAAGCGACAAAAUAGAGAAAUCAAAGAUUAAAAUGAAAAUCAAUUUAUUAGUGAAAGAACAGCAAAAGUUAGAGAAAUUGAUUAAAUUAGCCAAACCUUCGGUCGAGUUUAAGCCCAUUCCCGCCGUUCCCGUCACUGAUGUCACCAAAAGUGUUGAAACAGACACUCAAGUCGUUAAAAAUGAUGAAAAGUGUGAAACUGUUGUCAAACAAAGCGAUGAUUCCGUUGAAGUCAAACCUAUGAGUGAAACUGAAAAGUGUGAGAAAGUUGUGGAAAAAGUGUCAAAAGAUGAGGAAAUUGCGAGAAAAACCGAAACAAUAAUCAAUGAAUUGAAAAGCGCUGCGAAACCUAAGGCUGAGUCGAAACAGAAACGAAAACUCAAUUCUCAGAGUAUUGUGGAAGCGAUCGAAAAGGAGAAGCAGUUGGAGAAGACUAAACAAAAGGCCACUUUCGAUGACGAUUACGUCGAUUGGUUACCGCCGACGGGACAGUCGGGUGAUGGAAAGACAUCACUCAAUGAUAAGUUUGGCUAUUAAUUGAACCCAUUUAUUGUAAAUACCGUGUAUUUAUUUGACAUUUGUAUAAAUCAUUUGAAUAAUCAAUUAAUUGGGAC